GCAAACGCAUAUGACCCCCAGUGUCUCACUGAAAACAAUGAUAGUUCCAGCCUCAUUAGAACUACAGCAGAUGGCCUAUUAAGGAAUCUCUGGAAAAGGACAAACAAAUGAGAGAAUCAUCAUCUUCCCAUGAAAAAGAACUGCACAAGCUGGAGACUCAGUUAGCAACUACACCCCAGGAACUACACUCUGUGAGACAAGAGCAAGCAGUUGAUGCGACGUGUAAAAAGCGGGAGGAUUACUUAGAAGGGCGUGAAUAUUUUAUGACGGUUGCCUUUUUAUCAGCACAGAGAAGUAAAGAUCCAAGUUCUCAGGUUGGAGCAUGUAUUGUAAAUACAGAGAACAAGAUAGUUGGUAUUGGUUAUAAUGGAAUGCCUAAUGGCUGUGAUGAUGACAUUCUUCCGUGGGCUAGAACGGCAGAUGACAGGCUUGACACUAAAUAUCCAUACGUUUGUCAUGCAGAACUGAAUGCCAUUAUAAACAAAAACUCUGCUGAUGUCAAAGGCUGUACCAUGUACGUAGCUCUAUUUCCAUGUAAUGAAUGCGCUAAGCUCAUCAUUCAGGCAGGUAUUAAAGAUGUGAUAUACAUGUCAGAUAAGUAUCAUGACACUCCAGAAAUGAAAGCUUCAAGACACCUGUUUGAUCUUGCUGGGAUCAAAUGCACGAAUUUUGUACCCAAGCUGAAAAAAGUAGUCAUUGACUUUGAUUCAAUCAAUAACACCAGGAGGACUCCUGAAGACUUGUUGUCGUGCAUUUUCAUAAAUGAUAAACCUAAAAAAGCCACCACUAAAACGCGCCAUAAAGAAUGUGGCCUCUGUAAAACAAAGCUAGAUUCAGCCUUUACUAAACCGUUAUGUAGAGCAUGCAUUAAAAAUGCCAUUGCUGAAGAAUCCCCGGAAAGCGGGGAAGUAGACACAGCUUCAUCCUCGGAUGACGAAGGUGGCAGUAGACUUUUUCUUUCCCCCAUUCAAGAUGGUUGGAGCAGCCAUGAAUUUUGA